GCAUAAAGCUUUAUCGUAACACUAUCUCAUGUAAUAAGGUUGCCUCGAAGACUGCCUCCAAGAAGUCUUGCGGAAUCGAAAGAGCUUGGACACUGGACAACAGCAGGAAUACACCAUGAAGGCCCACUCCGUCGUGAUUGUAAUAUCGCUAUUGUUUUAUGACUGCUCACCUAAGAACAUUAAAGACGACGAAGUUACCCAUCUACCCGGAUUGGAGGAGCAACCACAAUUCAGACAUUAUUCCGGAUAUCUGAAGGCGGGAUCCACACGAAAGCUACAUUAUUGGUUUGUUGAAAGUCAAGGCAAUCCAGAAGCCGAUCCUGUGGUGCUGUGGCUGAACGGAGGUCCAGGGUGCAGUUCCUUGGAGGGUAUGCUCAGUGAACUGGGACCGUUCCAAAUCGACAAAACGAGGCCUCAACUGCACCUUAACCCAUUCAGCUGGAAUAAGGUGGCCAACGUGCUGUUCUUGGAAUCGCCGGCUGGAGUCGGAUUCUCGUACGACCCAUCACAGCCGGUUGACUAUGACUACGAAACAAGCGAUGAUCAGACAGCAGAUGACAAUUACCUGUCCAUCCUGGACUUCUUCCGCAAGUUCCCGAACUUCCAGGAAAACGAAUUCUACGUCACGGGUGAAAGCUACGCCGGCGUCUACGUGCCAAUGCUUGUGCAACGCAUUCUUGAUGGUGAUAAUGACAUCAAGUUAAAGGGAUACGCCAUUGGAAAUGGAUACCUUGACCAGGGCAAGCUCUGGAUUUCUAGGCUCUAUUUUGGCUACUAUCAUGGACUUUGGAGUUCACGCCUCUGGAGAAGCAUCAUAAAACACUGUUGCAAGGAGGACGGCUUGACGGAGAAGUGCGAUUUCUACAAUGGCAGCAUGUCAUGUCGGACGGAUGUUCACUUAGCGCUCCGGAACAUGAACGCUUUGAACCCGUACAACAUUUAUGCGCCUUGUGAGCAUACUGUCUCGGAUCCCAAAAUAGCGUAUAUACACAAUGUCCUGAAUCUGUACAUGCGGAACCUCAGCCACUUCAACGCGGCACUGAAACCCGAACACUUCAGUACGCCGCCUUGUACCAACGACCGGUCUGUCACUGAAUACCUCAACAGGAAGGACGUGAAAGCGGCCCUUCACGUCGAAGAGUCGCCUCUCAAAUGGGUCCUUUGCAGCAGCGUCCUCCGCUACGCAGCCCAGUACAGUACCAUGAGGGGGUGGGUAAAGAAGCUUGUGGACGCAGGUCGCUUGAGGGCGCUCAUCUACAAUGGGGAUUUCGACUCGGUCUGCGACUACCUUGGUGACGAGUGGUUUGUAGACUCACUGGGAUAUGAGGCUACGUCCGGUUAUAACCCGUGGUUCGUAGACGGGCAAGUGGCUGGGUACUACAGAACCCACAAGGGGAACUUGACUUUCUUGACUGUUAAAGGUGCCGGCCACAUGGUACCAGAGGACAAACCGCAAGAAGCCCUGCAGAUGAUCACACGCUUCCUGAAGAACGAGCCAUAUUGACCAUAUACUAAAGCUCUGGUAGCCGGAACCUCUUAACAGAAGAAAACAGAUUGGAGCAAUCCGUUAUUUCAAUAUUCAGCCGAAUUCGCUUCAGCCUGUCCAGUACGGGCACCGUCAACCCUUACCUGCGACCGUGUUCUCAGAGCGGUCCGUGCAGCUGUCAUAUGAUGCCCCUAGAAUCUUGCCCCGAAUCAUUUUAACAAAUCGAUGGCUCGAAGUUUUCAUCAGGACAGAGGCCCCAUACGUUUAUCGCAAUCCUAAGACAGCCUCGCUGAACUGUGCUUGCAACGCACCUGUCUCAAAUCUCGGGCUGCUUCACAAUGUGUCCGGUUGUGUUGCCCUCGGUAAUCUUCGCUCUCUUUCUUUCUUUGUUGGCGAAAGGCGAGGUCAGCUAAGGCGAGCUAGCUUGCCUCUCCUGGGUCUUAUCCGCUCUCACUGCGCCUACGUACGGCAUGUCAGCCUCCUCUCAGUUCCCUUUUCAUUACUUUGUUUUUCAGAGUACGCUACCGGCAUUGACAAAUGACAAACAAUCAGAAUAAAAAUAUUUAUGAUCAGA